UAAUAUAAAUUCGGUUGUGCACUGCUCUACCCUCUCCGCAAGCUUUGCUCAUCUAUCUUCUUCUCUUUCCCCCCAAAAUCCUCAAGAUUUGACAAACUCCUUCACUCAACUUUCUAUCAAUUUAGAAUUGGCCCGCAAAAAUCACCAGAACCAUGUCCGCCCCAACUUUCCACAACUACGCCACAAUGGAGAAGAAAUCCGAGGAAUUUCACUACUCCCAAUCGACCAUCGUCAACGGCAUCAUCAAAACAUCUGGACAAGGAGGCUGGGAUGCGGAAGGCGUCAUUACCUCCGAUCCCAAGAAGCAGGUCGAGUUUGCUUUCGAGAACGUCGUAAAAGCAUUGGAUGCAGCGAAGAAGGGCGCUUCGUGGAAAGAUGUUUACGCUGUCCGAUCAUACCACACAAAUAUCGACGAAUCGGCCGAGUAUGUGAUUGAGCUCUUCAACAACUACAUGCCAGACCACAGGCCUAUCUGGACGUGUGUUGAAAUCUCCAAGUUGGGUAUCGAGGGGAUGCAGGUUGAGAUUGAGGUGGAGGCCCAGGCGUAG